UGUCUCUAUAAUGUCCCACAGUGAGUUUUGAGUUCUUUGAUAUUCAAAAUCCAUGGAGUUGCUAACCCCUUCUCCUCCUCCUUCUCCAACUCCUCCAAAUUUCCCUUCUGGGUUUUCUUCAAUGGCCAGUUUCCGACGUGGAUUUUACAGGACAAGCCAAAUCGUUGCUCCUCAAUCGAGAGAAGUUGUGGUAGAAGAAGAAGAAGAACAACAAGGGUCUAAAGUAUUUGUAGCUGUGGGUAAAUAUGUUGACAAAGGUGUUGCUUUGGUUCAGUGGGCUUGUAAGACAUUUGGGAAUUCUGAGAUUUGUAUUCUUCAUGUUCUUCAACCUUCUCCAUAUAUACCCACUUUGUUGGGAAAAUUGCCAGUUACUCAGGCUAAUGCAAAAAUGGUAGCCGCAUUUCGAAAUGCAGAGAGAGAAGAGGCUUGGAAACUUAUAUCUCGUUAUUUGAGUGUAUGCUGCAAAUCAAAGGUUAAAGCAAGUGUUGCUAUAGUUGAAUCAGAUCAAGUCCUAAAAGGAAUUCUGGAUUUUGUCAACAAGCAUAACAUCAGGAAGCUUAUAAUUGGGGCUAUACCGGAUUGUGUGAAGGUUAAGAAAAGCUCCAGGAAAGCAAGUUAUGCUGCCACAAAGUUCCCUACAUUCUGUGAAAUAUUCUUCGUCUACAAAGGAAGAUUAAUCUGGAGUAGACAACCUCCUGAAUGCUCAAGCUUCAUUGCACCUAUUUCUCCUAAUACUCAAGCAGGGGCUGUUGAUGUAUGCGGUUUAAGAUCUCAGUGUCUGAAGUCUUGCAAGAAUGAGGUUAUCCUGUUCCCAGAACGUGUUCAGUCAAGCUCGUCUAGGGACCUGGUGUCAUCUGGAAUAAAAAAAUUAGUUCUUGAAGCGGGGAUUCCAUCACAAACUGAUUUACGGUUCAAGGAUUUUUCUUCUUCCAGCAGAAGCAAUCUGAUCAGUGUUCCUAGUUUAUCUAUUUCAACAAGCUCUAUUCAUGAUAGCAGUUGUGUUUCUUCUGCUGAACAAAUGGUGCCCCCUGAUGCGGAGAUGGAAAGUUUAUACAAACAGCUGGCAGAAGUCGGCACAGAAUUUGAAUCAUCAAGGAAUGAAGCUUUUGCAGAGAUUAUGAAGCGCAAAAAACUGGAAGCUGAAGCUGAAGAAGCCAUCAGAAAGAUAAAAGCAUUUGAAUCUGCUCAUGCACAUGAAGUUGAACUGAGGAAGGAAGCUGAGGAUGCUCUGGAAACUACAUUGCUGGAAAAAGAAAAGCUCUUGAUGGAGAAAAAGGAGAAAACUUAUGAGCUGUGCAAGGCCAUGAGAAAUAUAGCCCUCCUGGAUAGUCGUGCACAGGAGGCCGAUCGACGGUGUGAAGAGAUUGCUGGAGAAUUGACAUUGAUUCACUCCUCCAUAUCAACUCUCCAGCAGGAGAAGCAGAAACUUCAGCAGCAAAAUAGUGAGGCCAUGCACUGGAUUAAUUCGUGGAAGAAUCGUGGAAAAGAUGGAGGACAAAGUGCAAGUGACUUGGCUGAGUGCUCUGUAUCACUUGGGUUGGUUGAGUUUUCAUCCUCCGAUUUGCAGACAGCAACAUGCAAUUUUUCUGAGAGCUUCAGGAUUGGUCAGGGAGGAUAUGGUGAUGUGUUUAAAGGAGAACUCUCAGAUAAAACUGUAGUCAUUAAGCAGUUGCAUCAUUAUAAUAUGCAACAGCCAUCACAUUUUUUUGAACAGGUGGAAAUUCUAGCUAAGUUACGUCAUCCUCAUCUGGUCACCUUACUUGGUGUAUGUCCAGAAUCUUGGUGCCUUGUUCAUGAAUAUUUUCCUGGCUUGAGCCUCCAAGAUCGCCUCUUUUGCAAAAACAACACUCGUCCCAUGAAUUGGAAGAUGCGAGCACGAAUUCUUGCUGAAAUUGCAAGCGCACUUCUGUUUUUGCACUCUUCAUACCCUGAAAAGAUUGUACAUGGGGAUCUGAGGCCUGAGAAUGUGCUCAUUGAUUCUACAGGCAGCUGUAAAAUAUGUGAUGUCGGCAUAUCUAGUCUGAUACCUAAGCAAGUCCUACGAUGCCCAAGUUUCAAUCGCCUUAGUGAACCAAAGGGCCUGUUCGCCUACACUGAUCCUGAAUUUCAAGAAACUGGAGUUCUGACACCUAAAUCGGACAUCUAUGCACUUGGACUUAUUAUCCUUCAAAUGCUCACUGGAAGAACUCUAGCAGGACUAGUGAAUGAAGUACGCAGGGCAGUCUUAUAUGCACAAUUAGACUCUCUUUUGGAUUUAUCUACUGGAGAAUGGUCUACAUUUGUGUCAAGGAGGUUAGCAGAACUGGCAUUGCAAUGCUGUGAAUUAAACAGUAGGGAUAGGCCUGAGCUGACAUCAUCUCUUGUAAUGGAACUAAAGAACUUGAAUGAGUUGGAAGAACAAUCAGUGCCCUCCUUUUUCUUAUGUCCGAUUCGCCAGGACAUAAUGAAUGACCCCCAGGUUGCUGCAGACGGGUUCACAUAUGAAGGAGAGGCCAUUGAAGGAUGGCUGGAAAGUGGUCAUGAUACUUCUCCAAUGACCAAUUUGAAACUAAGCCAUUUGGAGCUAACUCCCAACCAUGCCCUGCGACUUGCUAUCAAGGAUUGGCUCUGCAACUUAUAAAUCCUCAUAUAGUAGUAACAAUAGUGUAAAUCGAUAUAUAUGUAUUUGUGGAGCCUAGGAUACAAAAGGUAACCUAAGAGCUAGUGUAACAAAUACAAGGAAAAUAGCCCCAUCUCAUAGAUCUCUAAUACACCAAAAUGGUAAGACUCCGUGUUGAUAACAUGAGUAGAGGAGAACAUUGCAAUUAUCUCGGAGACAAUGUAGUAGUUAUAAAUUUUAUAGACUGAUUUUAUGUGCUCUUGUUGUU